AUAUCCACCCAGGGGGAUGUUCUGUGGAUUUCCUAUUUUACUUUGACAAACUAGGUCACAGAACAUACCCCCUACCCCAGUACAUCAGGGGGGAUAUUUUGUGAACUAGGUUAAGUGCUUGUUUUUAGCGAAAAAUGCGGGUAACUCGGAGCCUAUUAUCAGACAAGAAUCGGCGAUAUUUGUCCCAACUUGCCAAGUCCAGCCCCAAAUGGCAAAGCGUGGUGGGGCUGGAAGUGCACGCCCAAAUAGCAUCCGAAAGCAAACUCUUUUCGGGGGCGGCCAACAAGUUCAGCAGCCCCAUCAACAGCAACGUGAGCCUCUUCGAUGCCGCCACCCCCGGCACUUUGCCGGUGUUGAACCAAAGAUGCGUGGAAGCGGGCGUCCUAACGGCCCUGUCGCUGAACUGCCGCGUGAACCCCGUUUCCUACUUUGACCGGAAGCACUACUUCUACGCAGACAUGCCUUCCGGCUAUCAAAUUACCCAGCAACGGGCUCCGCUGGCCGAGAAUGGCCACUUGGAGUUUCACGUAUUCACCCCAGGGGUGCACAAGAGCCCCUACAAGGCCCACGCGAAACUAAAGCAGCUGCAGCUCGAGCAGGACAGCGGGAAAAGCCUGCACGAUUUUGACAGAAGUCUGGUGGAUCUGAACCGAGCGGGGGCCCCCUUGAUGGAGCUGGUGUUUGAGCCCGAUCUGGCCGAUGGGGAGGAGGCGGCCGCUCUGAUCAAGGAGCUGGUGAACAUUCUGCAGCGAAUCCAGACCUGCUCAUGCAAGAUGGAAGAGGGUGCGUUUCGAGUGGACGCAAAUGUUUCCGUCCGGCGGCCAGGCGAUCCAUUGGGAACCCGGACGGAAAUCAAAAAUAUCGGGUCUGUGAGAGGCGUGGCCGGUGCCAUCAAGUACGAAAUCCAGCGACAAAUCAAGGUGCUGGAAGCAAAUGGUACUGUUGUGAACGAAACGCGCUCGUGGAACCCGGAGAAGAAGGAAACAAUUGCCAUGCGGGACAAAGAGAUUCAGCAAGACUACCGAUACAUGCCAGAGCCCAAUUUGCCGCCAUUGCAUAUCGUCAUGGGCCCCAUUCGGGGCGGCGGCGUGAACGCUGAUGAGAUAAAAGAGCGCAUCCCGGAACUGCCCGAGCAAACCAGACAGCGACUGGAACAGACGUUCGGGAUAAGACAGGAACAUUGCAUUAUUCUAGUGAAUGACGCUGGGCUCCUGCGGUUGUUCGAAGCCGCACAAAUAGGCAGGGAGCUGAGCGCUCAGAAGCUGGCAAAUUUCCUCAUCAAUGAGCUGUACAAGACGUUGCAUGAAAUGGACUUGGAAGCUUCCGAUGUGAAAUUCAACCCCGAUUAUUUGGGUGAAAUCGUCGAGUUAAUCGAAGCGGGCACCAUCAACAGGCCAGCGUCCGAAAUGGUGUUGAGACAGUUACUGGAAGGCAAUCCAGACCGGCCUUUGCAGAUCGUGGAAAACAACGGCUGGAAGCAGAUAACGGACGAGGAGGAGCUAAGGCUGCUGUGCCGUCAAGUGUUGCAGGAAAACGAGAAAGGCCUUAAGCAGUAUUUGGGCGGAAAGUCGAAGGUGUUCAGGGCUUUUAUGGGCGCGGUUUACCGCAAGUCGAACGAGAGAGCCGAUAUGAAGAAAUGCGACACUUUGCUGAAGGAAAUACUGGGCGAACUUAGUAAAAGGAAAGUUGAUUAAUGUUGCAAAAACUGAUUGGACGCAUUGGCCCUAAGGAUGGCUGGAAUAUAUAUAAAAACAGGGUUUGUUCGCUGACCAGCCUCCACCAUUGAAAAGAAUCUUUGUCCUUAUUUCGCCAGAAAUCAGUAAAACUACGAAGUUUCGUGUCUUGUCUUCAGGACCUAAUAAAGUCUGCGAGUCGA